AUGACGAUCUGGCCCGGUAUCGACAGCGGCGAUGGUAAAAGGUCGAACAUGCACGGGCCAGCUUCUGCGCUCGAUCAAAUCACGCGUUGGAGUAAGGCUGUCCAAGGAGUCCCCAAUGCAUGCCCAUGCCGUAUUUGGUGCGCGGUAUUGAUCGUAAUAUUGACGAACAAAGGCCAAGGGUCAUCCAGUACCUCCUUUACUAACAAUAGUAGCGUGGAAGGUCGAAACUACACCGCAGGGAAGUCUUGUCGCGACAUAUUUAGGAGACAUAGCUCAAGCCGGAAUGGCAUCUACAAGAUCAAUAUCGGUAACAUCACGUGGAAAACAAGAUGUAGAGGCUUUUCUAAAUGUGGGGAUGGAGUAUGGGAACUGGUAAUGAAAGUUAGUAAUGGAAAGAAUCUUUCCUACUAUGACUCACCUGUCUGGACCACUCAAGCUCGAUAUGGAUCAGUAGAGGAGGAAGGUGACCUAAAACUUCCUGGAUAUUGGCUCAGAAAUUUCACCAGAAUAUGUGUCGCCAUGACCUUUGGGGCAAACGCCUCAACCAAAUAUUCAACUAUGGUGGUAAACUACACUGCGCAGUCUCUUUACUCUGUAAUGAAUGAGAGUUUUACGAAGACAUGGCCAGUGAGUGCGUCCACCAUCACGACUCCACCAGGUAUCAACAAAAAUUGUUUGGUAAGAGGCCUCAACAUGCAAAGGUCCUCCCCAUGGGUGAUCGAGACACGUAUUGGAAUUCAGUCCACUAAGCGACCUUCUACGUGCCCAGAAUUGCCAUAUUUGGUGCGUGGUGUUGGUAUCGGCUUGAGUAAACGACCUAAAACGAGUUGUGGUGAUAUCAUCAUUAGUAGUAACAAUAAUUCACCACCACGAUAUUCUACAAAAAUUUUUCAAGCUAUUUGCAAAAUCUACAUUCAGUAA